AUGCCAUUUACCUUCAAAGUCGUCGAAUUCAUCUACACUGAUCAGAAGUUUGGGACUGGCGUUAUUCAAGACACCGCCUUCAUUAUAGUGCCUGCGCUAUCGCUAUGGAAUGUCGUCCCAUUGCUCUAUUAUGACUUGUACAAUCGCCUUGUUCGAUUCUAUUGCAGGACACUUAUCAAAUCGCUAGAUAUGGAGCACCGUAAACGACACUUUGGCCUGAAAUUUUACUAUGAACAAUUCUUACGGAUCACUAAUGUUCAGGAAGCUGUUGGUAACCUAUUCAACCCUUUUAUUCUUUUUUCGUUAGCUUGGUCAAUGCUUGUGCUAUGCCUCACCAUAUAUUUCAUCACGCAGCCGCAUUCAAGCUUAGUGGAACCUAUCUCUCCGGAGCAGAUCACGGUACCAGAAAUUAGGCGUCGAUUGACACGCAGUGUUCACUUCACGAUUUGUUGGGCCGGACUGCAAGUGUUAGUGGCCGUGAUGCACAUAAGCAUUAUAUGCCAUACAGGAAUGAAUACGAAUGAGACGACUCGUGGUAUCGUGAACGCCGUGCUGCGAAUCGUUCCAGACGCAAACGCGGACCUUGACCGAUUUCAGAUUUCAUGCUUUGUGCACAAAAUGUCCACGCAAUUCAUGUGGGGAAUGACUGUGUGGAGAGCGUUCCCGUUGGAACGAACCUACCUUCUUCACGCUCGUUUCUGUGGUUAUUACGUAUGCCUUCCUGCUUCUGAAACUCAAGGAGAAUCCGGCAAUGACGCCCAUAACUCGGCAGUUUAUCAUUCAUAA